UUCUCUGCCCUGCUGCAGUCAGUCGGUCAGUUUGUUUGGUGUGCUGCUGAAUGGUAACGUGGACUUGUAUUGUACCAGCACAGCUUCUGCCCAAAUAGACGUGCGACUAGUGUGCAUGAGGCCCAACAAAAGCUUCAGGCAUUAGGAUUGUUCAAUAAGAGCGGGGUCGUCUUAGUUGAUACAUCGGCUCGCGGUAAGGUUGAUACUGGUCCUACGGGUUUCGGUAGUCGGCUACAUCGUUAGCACGCAUUGUCUCUUUGUGGCGCACGUUGGAAAAGGAUAUAAGGGGGUUUGGUCUGCCGCGACACAAUGACAGUGGAAGAACCGAUGAGUGAAGGACAGCAAGACAUCCCAAUGGAGGGAGAGGACAUCACCCCGAAGAAAGAUGGGGGUGUGUUGAAGUUGGUGAAGGCCGAAGGCACGGGCACAGAGUUGCCUAUGACCGGGGAUAAGGUGUUCGUGCACUACGUUGGAACCCUCUUGGACGGCACGCCGUUCGACUCAAGUCGAGACAGGGGGGAGAAGUUUUCCUUUGAAUUGGGCAAAGGUCAAGUGAUAAAAGCGUGGGACAUCGGCGUGGCCACAAUGAAAAUAGGAGAGCUGUCUCAGUUUAUCUGCAAGCCAGAAUAUGCAUAUGGGUCUGCAGGCAGUCCACCCAAGAUACCCCCAGAUGCCACACUCGUAUUCCAGGUGGAGCUUUUUGAGUUCAGAGGAGAGGACAUUACUGAGGGCGAGGAUGGGGGGAUAAUCCGUCGGAUCGUUACCAAAGGGGAAGGCUACUCCAAACCAAACGAAGGAGCAUCAGUUGAAGUUUCCGUGGAGGGUACCUUCGAAGGACGAGUGUUCGACGACCGGGAGAUGAAGUUUGAGAUUGGCGAUGGCGAGGGCCUGGGUUUACCUAUCGGAGUGGAGAAGGCUAUCCUGGCUAUGGAGCAGGGCGAGGAGUCCAUCUUCAACAUUAAGCCCAAGUAUGGCUUUGGACUCACGGGAAAUGCAGGUUAUGCUAUUCCAGGUGACGCGACACUGCAGUACAAGAUUAAAAUGACAACCUUCGAAAAGGCAAAGGAGUCCUGGGAAAUGAACACGGUCGAGAAGCUGGAGCAGAGCAGCGUGGUCAAAGAGAAAGGAACCCAGUAUUUUAAGGAGGGGAAGUACAAGCAGGCGACCGUGCAGUACAAGCGGAUCGUGACCUGGCUGGAGAGUGAGUCGGCUCUGGGGGAGGAGGACGAGCUGAAGGCGAAGGCGCUGCGCCUAGCUGCACAUCUCAACCUCGCCAUGUGUUAUCUGAAGAUCCAGGAGGCCGGCCAGGCUCUGGAGAACUGUGACAAGGCUCUGCUACUAGAUGAAUCGAACGAGAAGGCCCUGUUCAGGAAGGGCGAGGCCCUGGUGGCCAUGAAGGAGUUUGACCAGGCCAGGGAAGACUUCCAGCAGGUUAUUCAACUGUACCCGGCCAACAAAGCCGCAAAGGCCCAGCUGGGUCUCUGUCAGAAACACAUCAAAGAUCAGCGCGAGAAGGACAAGCGUCUCUAUGCAAACAUGUUCACCAAGUUUGCUGAGAGGGAUGCUAAGAAGGAGGCUGAGAAUGUCACGGUGGAGAGCAUGGAGACGGUCGGGGAGAUGGAGGUUGAAAACGGAUCGCAGGAGUAGGCGGUUCCAGGCGCCGCCCUUGGCGUCGGGGAUCCCUGAAGCCGUCGGGGCGCGUGUGGAUGUGGAUUUUUUUAAUGCAUGAUUGUGUGUCAAUGAGGUGUGACUGUGGAGGACUCAAUCAAUAAGACUCCCUGCUUAAUUUCCCACUGGCUUUUUUUUUUCCACUCAUUGUUUUUGUCUGUGAAUGCCAUGGCAGCUAGUUGGUUAGGCUGUGUUUCCAUGUCGCUGUUGUCUCCCUGGGGACUUGGGACUCGCGUGCUCGCAUCAUUAAAACAUGCAACUUUUUACGGUUUAGUUGGGGGAAUCAAAUUAAUUCGGAUGAUCAAACUUGUCCCUCUGAAUCCUAGUUUUCACGGUCUUAUCUUGGAGAGGGGGAUUACCUUCCUCUUUCACUUCCUGAUGUGGAUCCCACGAUGAUACCUUUUUCCAAGGGCCCUCAGAUCAAAGUCUUGAACACCGUGUGCGUGCGUGCGUGUGGUCUUGCGUGUAACCGAGGUUGUGUGUGUGUGUAUAUAGCAGCACUGCGUAUCUAAGGAGUAACUGCAUUGAAUAACCUGGGUGAACUCUCCCAAGUUACGGCUACCUUAAUUGCUACAACUCCAGUAUAGCUGAUGGGCUACAUGACUGUUGUUCUUUCAUUUGGAAACUGUAAUCAGAUGUCAUGUUGUGCUUGUGACUUCUGUCUUGUACCUAAAUGGUAAUUGCAUUGAUUUACUUAACUGGAAUAUGUGCGUUGAAGAUGUGUGAAAUAAAAUCACUUCUCCUGGACAUAUAACACAA